AUGGGCGUCAUUUUCUUGUGGACCUUGAUCGGCUUGAUCCUCCAACUCUUUGGGUUUGUUAACCUGUUUGGGAAUUUCUUCCCCCCCGCUAUCUCCGUGAUGCAGCACACUCCCGUUUUGAAAGACAUCUUGCGGUUACCGGGCAUACGUUACGUCGUGGGACGGCUGGGCACGCGGUCGAGGGCGCCGGUUUAAACAGUAGGGUCUUGAGGGCGGGUCAAGCACUUGGAGGCUGCCUGCCAGAAGAUGAUAA